AAUCCAAAGAAGAAAUUAGCUAAUGUAUGACGUGGGCGUCGUGUCAGUAUCCAUUAUCUGCACGUGCGCCUCACGAGACUUGGCUCCGAUCAUCUCUUUUGUGCCUCUGUUCCAUAGAUAAACCCAACAACCCCCGCCGCCGCCGCCGCCGUGAAACCCCCCCCCGCUCAGCAGCAUCCGAAUUGACCCGACCCGAUCAACCAACACCGUGCGAGCGUAUAUUCACGCGUUGCAUGAGCAACCUACAUCUCCAAUUCUCCCCAUACAUUAUUUCUUUCUCCAAAACCCUAAAACCUCAUCCCCCAACCCAACCGCCGCCGCCGCGCCGCCUGCUCUUCAGAAUGAAAGACCGCCCCCGUACACCGUACGAAGGGGUCUACGUACCUCCCCACAACCGCCUCCGCUCUGUAAUCACCACUGCCUCCGCCGCCAUAGAUUCCAAGCAUACAAGUGUAACCACUCUCACUGAAGCUGAAAACCGGAGCUCGUUUACCACUCCAACCGUCAAUAGCAACUGUAAGAGUAAUUCAGUUAAUUCGUAUCCUUACUUGCCGCAGCAAAAGGAAAUUUCGCGGCCUGAGGAGGUGGCCCAGCAAGGCUUCGACCCUGAAUUCAAGUUUUCGGCGCAACAUGGUGAAGCUUCUUCAGAUAAUAUUAUUGAAUGGAAAUGGAAGUUAAAUACACUUUUGCACAGUAGGGAUAAUCAAGAGAUAGUAUCAAGAGAGAAAAAGGAUAGACGUGAUUUUGCGCAAAUAGCAGCUUUAGCAAGCAAAAUGGGUUUAUACAGCCACCUAUAUGUGAAGGUAGUUGUUGUCAGUAAAGUUCCAUUGCCCAACUAUCGUUUCGAUCUUGAUGACAAGCGUCCUCAGAGGGAGGUGAUCUUGCCUCCCAGUUUGCAAAAGCGUGUGGAUGCUUAUCUUGUGGAAUACAUUUCUGGAAAGCAUAAGAGCAUGGAUGUGUUUUCAAGAACAAGCAGUAAUGCCAGUAUUGCCACCGAAGAGAGCUUGUUUGAGCAACCGGAGACACUUCCACAAAAUAAUGCUGUCCUGGAGAAAAUUUUGUGCACAAGAAGUUUGCAAAUGCGUAAUGAGAAACACACUUGGCAGGAAUCCCCCGAAGGAAGAAAGAUGAUGGACUUCCGUAGUAGACUCCCCGCUUAUAAGGAGAAAGAUGCUAUAUUAAGUGCCAUUUCACGGAACCAGGUUGUCAUCAUCUCUGGUGAAACUGGUUGCGGGAAGACAACUCAGAUUCCCCAAUUUAUUUUGGACUCUGAGAUAGAUUCUAUGCAUGGGGCGAUGUGCAAUAUUAUAUGUACUCAGCCCAGAAGAAUAUCUGCCAUAUCUGUAUCUGAGAGGAUUGCCACAGAGAGGGGGGAGAAGCUGGGGGAAACAGUUGGAUAUAAAGUUCGGCUAGAAGGUAUGAAAGGAAGGGAUACCCACCUACUCUUUUGCACAACUGGCAUCCUCUUACGCAGACUAUUAGUUGAUAGAAACUUAAAGGGUGUAACACAUAUUAUCGUGGAUGAAAUUCACGAACGUGGGAUAAAUGAAGACUUUCUGUUGAUUGUGCUGAAAGAUCUUCUUCCCCGUCGACCAGAAUUAAGGCUUAUUUUGAUGAGUGCAACCUUAGAUGCAGAUCUCUUCUCAUCAUACUUUGGUGGGGUUCCAAUGGUCCAAAUUCCUGGUUUUACUUAUCCGGUACGGACUCAUUUCUUAGAAAGUAUUUUGGAGGCAACAGGAUACCAGUUGACCCCUUACAAUCAAAUAGAUGAUUACGGUGUGGAGAAGACGUGGAAGAUGAGCAAACAAGGACCAAAAAAGAGAAAGAGUCAAAUUGCUACUGCAGUAGAGGAGACACUUAAUGCUGCUGACUUCAAUGACUACUCUGUUCGGACAAGGGAGUCUUUGUCUUACUGGAAUCCUGAUUGUCUUGGUUUCAACCUCAUAGAAUAUCUUCUAUACAAUAUAUGUGAAAAUGAAAAGCCUGGUGCUGUUUUAGUUUUUAUGACUGGGUGGGAUGACAUAACAUCUCUGAAAGAUAAGCUUCAAGCUCAUCAUGUACUAGGUGAUGCAAAUCGGGUUUUAUUAUUGGCAUGCCAUGGCUCAAUGGGGAGUGCAGAACAGAAAUUGAUUUUUGACAAUCCUGGAUAUGGGAUAAGGAAGAUUGUUCUAGCUACAAACAUUGCUGAAACCAGCAUCACUAUUGACGACGUAGUUUUUGUUAUUGACUGCGGGAAGGCAAAGGAGACAUCAUAUGAUGCGUUAAAUAACACUCCUUGUUUGCUUCCGUCCUGGAUCUCAAAGGUUUCAGCUAAGCAAAGAAGAGGAAGAGCUGGACGUGUUCAGCCAGGAGAAUGCUACCAUCUUUAUCCAAGAUGCGUAUAUGAUGGUUUUGCAGAUUAUCAAUUACCUGAAAUUCUGAGAACUCCUCUACAGUCCCUCUGUUUGCAGAUCAAGAGUUUAAACCUUGGGGGAAUCUCUGAGUUCUUAUCGAGGGCACUUCAAUCACCAGAGUGUCUCGCGGUUCAAAAUGCUACCGAGUAUCUAAAGAUAAUUGGGGCUUUAGAUGAGAAUGAGAACCUGACUGUUUUAGGGCGCUACUUGACAAUGCUGCCCAUGGAGCCGAAACUUGGGAAAAUGCUUUUACUUGGUGUCAUAUUUAAUUGCUUGGACCCAAUAUUAAGUGUUGUUGCUGGUCUAAGUGUCCGUGAUCCCUUUUUAGCUCCAUAUGACAAGAAGGACCUAGCAGAAGCGGCAAAGGCACGGUUUUCACUAGAUUGCAGUGACCAUCUUGCUCUUGUUCGGGCUUAUGAAGGCUGGAAAGUUGCUGAUAGAGAUCUAUCCGCAUAUGAAUAUUGCUGGCAAAAUUUCCUGUCUGUACAGUCUAUGAAAGCUAUUGAUUCUCUUCGUAAGGAGUUCUACUCUUUGCUAAAAGAUACAGGUCUAGUCGAUAUCAACCCAGCCACUUACAGUGUCUGGAGCUAUGAUGAGCAUCUCGUGCGUUCAAUUAUUUGUUAUGGCUUGUAUCCUGGAAUUUGUUCUGUUGUGCACAAUGAAAAAUCCUUUUCCCUGAAAACAAUGGAAGAUGGAAUUGUGCUUCUAUACUCUAACUCAGUGAACGCACGCCACCCAAGAAUACCAUAUCCAUGGCUCGCUUUUAACGAAAAAAUCAAAGUAAACUCUGUCUUUUUGCGGGAUUCAACCGCUGUGUCUGAUUCAAUGCUGCUCCUAUUUGGUGGAAGCAUCACGAAAGGGGAGAUGGAUGGACACCUAAAAAUGUUGGGUGGAUACUUGGAGUUUUAUAUGGAUCCGACAACAGCUGAAUUGUACCAGAGUUUGAGGAGAGAGCUUGAUGAAUUAAUUCAAGUCAAACUCCUAAAUCCCACGAUGGGCAUACACUCUUACCACGCGCUUAUGUCAGCAAUACGUCUGCUAAUCUCAGAAGAUCGGUCUGCUGGCAAAUUUGUGUUCAACCGUCAGUUACUAGACCCUUCCAAACAACCAAUCAUUGCACAAGAAUCAACCCUGAUACAGAACCGGGAAAGUGGGCCAGGAGGUGAUAACGCCAAGGGCCAGCUACAGACAUUACUAACUCGAGCAGGCUAUGCUCUACCCAGCUACAAGACCAAGCAGCUUACAAACAAACAGUUCCAAACAAGUCUGGAAUUAAACGGCAUGCUGAUAACGGGGCAGCCAUGCAGCAACAAGAAGCAAGCAGAAAAAGAAGCAGCAGCUGCCGCUCUGCAGUGGCUGCUCGGUGCACACGGAGCUGGAGCUGCUGUAGCUGGUCCUGAUUAUAUUGACCAAAUGUCCUUAUUGCUCAAGAAAAGCAAGAAAGAUCACACAUGAACUUGGAAGUAGUAUUAUCUCGAUAUACGGCUUAAAUAGCCGUAUAUUCCCUCACAAUGGUUACGAAGCAUAUUUUACUAUUUUCUCAUUAUUUGCGUGCUUCUGAGCUGAACGUAAUUUUUGACCCAGAGGAAUCGGGCCCUAGAUCCGGGUUAGGCUUUGGUCGGACUAUGAAUAUGAUGGCCUCGUGUUGGCUUAGGUUUAUCGAGUCCUUACUUAACCUGGGAAGAGUAGAACCUCUCCGGAAAUAUCGACAAACUGGUGUAAGAAAGGAAGAUUGCUCUCUACCCUACUAAUCCAAUUCAUCCUCCCCUAUUUUCUGUAUAUAGUAAAUUAUUUUAGCUUGAAGAUGAUCGUAAACGCUUAUACGCGUGCAAAACGCUUACGAAUGGUGGUAUUGUUGUAUUUUACUUAUUAUUAUUUGGGCAUGUAUUGGAUUCUGGCAAAGUGAAGGAACACUGAAUAUUAGUCAGUUACUGACAUCUGAGUUACCAUUUGAAAUUUGAAAUGUUGUAAUAUAUCAUUUUUACGUG